GCGCGUGCGGGGCGGUCCCGGCCUCCGGCCGCUCGGGGUCAGGCCUUGCGCUAUCUGUGUCCGCACCUGACUCAGCUGGGCACCCCGGAGCUACGGAGGGGCCAGCGGGUUCCCUUGCCCAUGCGUCUGGGAGCGCGCGGGGGACGUGGCGAGUGCGGGGCCGGGGCAGCCAUGGCUGGGAGUGGACCCUUGGUGCGGGGGGAUGUGUGAACCCCGUCCCGGCUCUGCAUUCCUGCGCCUCUGCGCCCCGCGGGACCGGCCGGGUCUCUGCACUGGGACCGAAAACGGGCUCCUCCCCGCUGUCUUCCCCUAAGGGCUGAAAAUGAGUCUCUGGAAGAGGAAACCCGAUGGGAUGAUGCCUGGAGUCUCUCCCUCUCUCAUCAGAGUGCAAUCGGCAUUUGGGGGGCGCAUGGUGGAGAAUACAUAUCCAAUGAGCAGCGCUGCCCUGGCCUCGAGCACUAAAUGCCAGUUCCCCUAGCUGCUUGUGACAACCAGAAAACGCCCCAACAAAUCACCAGACGUUGGCCGUUCUCCCCAAAGCAAAGGCUUUAGAGCUUCCUGGGUUAAUCUGGCUGCCACUUGUGAGCCUCGGAGGUUCCUGAUCUGUACACCAGGAUGGAGUCUCCUUCUGUCGCCCAGGCUGGAGUGCAGUGGUACGAUCUUGACUCACUGCAACUUCCGCCUCCCAGGUUCAGGCUGUUCUCCUGCCUCAGCCUCCUGAGUUGCUGGGAUUACAGUGUCCUGGUGAAGACCUAGUUCUUGCCGGAGACAAUUCCACUACAGAAGCACUUUACUUAAAAGGACUUGCCAGGCUGGACAAUGCCCGUUGACUUGGGGCAGGCCCUAGGCCUGCUGCCAUCACUGGCGAAGGCCGAGGACUCCCAGUUCUCAGAAUCAGAUGCUGCCCUUCAAGAGGAACUCUCCAGCCCUGAGACCGCACGCCAGCUUUUCAGGCAGUUCCGUUACCAGGUGAUGUCUGGGCCUCAUGAGACCUUGAAGCAACUUCGGAAGCUCUGUUUCCAGUGGCUACAGCCAGAGGUUCACACCAAAGAGCAGAUCCUAGAGAUCCUCAUGUUGGAGCAGUUUCUGACCAUCCUGCCUGGGGAGAUCCAGAUGUGGGUGCGGAAACAGUGUCCAGGAAGUGGAGAAGAGGCAGUGACCCUUGUGGAAAGCUUGAAGGGGGACCCCCAGAGACUGUGGCAAUGGAUCAGUAUCCAGGUUCUAGGACAGGACAUCUUAUCAGAGAAGAUGGAAUCUCCAAGCUGCCAAGUGGGGGAAGUGGAGCCCCAUCUUGAAGUGGUGCCUCAGGAGUUGGGACUUGAGAAUUCAUCCUCAGGGCCUGGGGAGCUUCUGAGCCACAUCGUGAAAGAGGAAUCUGACACAGAAGCAGAACUAGCCCUGGCUGCCUCCCAGCCUGCCCGACUGGAGGAAAGGCUGAUCAGAGACCAGGACCUCGGAGCCUCACUGCUCCCAGCAGCACCUCAGGAACAGUGGAGACACCUGGAUUCCACUCAAAAGGAGCAAUACUGGGAUCUCAUGCUGGAGACCUAUGGGAAAAUGGUCUCAGGAGCAGGCAUUUCCCAUCCCAAAUCUGACCUGACUAAUUCAAUAGAAUUUGGGGAAGAGCUGGCAGGACUAUACCUUCAUGUCAAUGAGAAGAUCCCAAGACCCACUUGCAUAGGAGAUAGACAAGAGAAUGACAAGGAGAACCUAAAUUUGGAGAAUCACAGGGACCAGGAGCUCCUGCAUGCUUCCUGUCAAGCUUCAGGAGAGGUUCCUUCUCAGGCUUCCUUGAGGGGCUUCUUCAGUGAGGAUGAGCCAGGAUGCUUUGGAGAAGGAGAGAAUCUCCCUGAGGCUCUGCAAAACAUUCAGGAUGAGGGAACAGGGGAACAGCUCUCUCCUCAAGAAAGGAUUUCUGAGAAACAACUAGGUCAGCAUUUGCCUAAUCCUCAUUCAGGAGAAAUGUCCACCAUGUGGCUUGAGGAGAAGAGAGAGACCUCCCAGAAGGGGCAGCCAAGAGCCCCCAUGGCCCAGAAGCUCCCCACCUGCAGGGAGUGUGGGAAGACCUUUUAUAGGAAUUCUCAGCUUGUUUUUCACCAAAGAACUCACACCGGAGAGACAUACUUUCAGUGCACCAUCUGCAAAAAAGCCUUUCUGCGGAGUUCAGACUUUGUGAAGCAUCAGAGAACUCACACGGGAGAGAAGCCCUGUAAAUGUGAUUACUGUGGGAAAGGCUUUAGUGACUUCUCAGGAUUGCGCCACCACGAGAAAAUCCACACGGGAGAGAAACCCUAUAAAUGUCCUAUCUGUGAGAAAAGUUUCAUUCAGAGAUCAAACUUUAAUAGACAUCAGAGGGUUCACACCGGAGAGAAACCUUAUAAAUGUUCGCACUGUGGGAAAAGUUUCAGCUGGAGCUCGAGCCUUGACAAACAUCAAAGAUCCCACUUAGGAAAGAAGCCCUUUCAAUAGCCAGUAACCAAACUCUCUUUCCCCAUUUCUAUCUCCCAGCCCAGUCACAAAAAUACUCAGCUCCAUCAAGAGGAAUUGUGUCUAAGAGGAUACCCCUGUUAAUCUCCUUUUUUCUUGGAUUGGAGAGGAGAGAAUCUGGACAUGGCUUUGGACUUGGAGGAUAUCUUGGAUUGGAUUGCACAAUGGCUUAAAUUCUUGAUUCUGCCUCAGGAGAAAGAAUAGUCUUCAUGUUUCCACUCAUCCUUCCUUUGGACCCAUCGGGGAAAAAGUCUAAAUUGGAGAUCCAGUUUUAGAAGUGCUUUCCGGGAAGCAUUUAAUGGGAUUAGCUGUAAAUCACUGCUUAUGGGAAGAACCUCAGAUCAGCCCCUUAAAAUGGGUUCUAGAGCAGGUCUUCUGUUCCAGAAGGGGAGAAGCAUAGAGGGCCUGUGAGCUCACAUGUGUUCUUUGUCAUAGGGGUGAAAAACUAACUUCAAGUGUCCCUUGUUUGAAAUAAACUUAGCAGAGUCACUUUCUAUCAUCUUA